GUACGAAGUGAAGAGCAGAGGUGCAGAGGAUGGAAUACGCUCUUGAUAAAGCUUUGAAAGAGAUGUCACUGGAGGAUGACAAACCAAUCAUCCUGAAGAACCACCCUAAGUUCAGUUCCUGUGAGAGGAAUGGCUGUAGUAUCAUUGGCAAGUUGUUAUGUCCGGAGAAUCAAAAGCUGUCGAGUUUGAUUCAUGAGAUGCCACGGUUGUGGCGAGUUAAUAACCGAGCAAGGGGAAUUGCAUUACCUAAUGAUAAGUUUCAGUUUAUCUUUGACUCGGAGAAUGAUCUCUCCAUGGUUCUAGAGGCUGGAGCGUGGACUUUCAACGACUGGAGCAUGACCUUGGAGAGAUGGGUCGAAAACCCUCCGGCUGAUUACCUGAAGGUGUUACCGAUUUGGAUACGAUUGAGGAACAUUCCGGUGAACUUCAACACUGCAGACACAGCCCGUGAGAUUGCAGAGCAUAUUGGACAAGUAACUCAUGUGGCUUUUGACCCUCUUAAACCACAAAGCAGAGGUUUUGUGAGAGUACGAAUUCUUUUUGACGUGUCUAAACCGCUGAAGAACAGUAGAGAAUUACAGUUACCAACAGGAGAAGUGGUAGACAUUGGUAUUGAGUAUGAGAGAAUUCGAAGAAGAUGUUAUCAUUGUAAAAGGCUCACGCAUGACAAGGAGAGAUGUCCACUGAACCCAAGUCACCGGCAAGGAAUUGCUACGGGUGGGUCUCAGGCUGUGACAAUCAUACCAAGCCGUCUAAUUCCAAAAAUAAUUUCAGGACAGAGACAACAACUAAUGGUGUCGAAUUCUUCUCCAGGCAAGGCAAUGAAUAGAUUAUCUCAGCCGCUGCAGUCCAUAUCAGAUUCUUACGUCUCAGCCACUCAACAUGAUUUUGGUGCUACGGUAUUUAAGCCUAGCUUUUCAGCUGGCUCUUCCGGGACCAAAUCUAGAGAGGUUAAAAAGCGAAGACGACCAAAUAAAUGGAGGAGAAAAGCGAAUGCUGUUAAGGAAGGUACUGGAACAAGUCAGACAUCUCCAAUAAAAGAUGUAGAGGAAAGUGUUUUAUCUAAACGUAAAGCUGCUGAUGAAGCUAUUGAAUCAUCAAAACUCGCCAAGCGCGUUGAAGAAAAGGUGGCUCCGAAUGAGGAGCUGCCAAAGCAGAUAUGAGCUUUAUGAGCUGGAAUUGUCAAGGGUU